GAGAAGUGGAAGAGAUGGCGGUGGCUGAGACACAGCUAUAUGCAAAGGUGUCCAACAAACACAGGAACAAAAGCACCUCUUCACUCCUUGAGCCCCUCUUAGCCAAAGGAUUCCCAGCUCAUAUCGCGCAAAAAGCCUUGGCUGCUACCGGACAAAAGACAACAGAAGAUGCUGCAAAAUGGUUACAUUCUCACUGCAAUGAUCCCUCUUUGGAUGACCCAAUCCCUCAGGAGUAUGCCCUUUACUUGUGCCCCACUGGCCACUUGCAUAACUACCUGCAAGAGUUUUGGAAGGAGAGCAAGAACCAGUGUGGGAAAAACAGAGCUCAUGAGAUUUUUCCACACAUCACACUUUGUGAUUUCUUCACGUGUGAAGAUCAGAAAGUGGAAUUAUUGUAUGAGGCCUUAAACCGAGUUGGUGAACGUUUUUCACAGUGCUUUCCACCAUUCCUUUCCCUAUCACUACAUUCAUCCACCAGCUACCUUGGUUUCUUCGUUGGUGACAGCCAUGCAAAUAUCCUCAAAGAAUUUGCUAUGGCAUUCUCUGCAGAGGCUUCAGCCUUAGCAGAUUGCCAUGUGAAACCUUGCCAAAAGCAGGUCCAUCUUACUUUGGCUCACAGGUUUUAUCCUCACCAUCAGAAGACUUUGGAACAACUGGCCAAAUCCAUCAACCCAGGGGAGGCCUGCCAGUGGGUAGCUGCUCUCUAUUCAAGGGAUAUGCGUUUUGUACAUUACCAGACUCUGAGGGCCGUCUUCCAGUAUAAGCCCCAGAACAUCGAUGAACUAAUGAUAAAUUCUGGGGACUUCAUAUAUGUUGACCCAACACAGCAAUCUGAUGUGAGUGAAGGGUGGGUGAUUGGGACCUCGCAUCGGACUGGCUGUAGAGGUUUUCUUCCCGAAAACUACACAGAGAGAGCCAACGAGUCAGACACUUGGGUUAAUCACAGAGAAUAUGCUUUUGUACCAGCUUCGAGAUUUUUCACCCAAACUGAAAAUGAACCUAGUGUAAAGCUGAAUGGAGAAAUCAAUCCAGUUAUGUCAAGAAAUAACACCACUCUCCGAAGAGGUCUGUUGGUGAUGCGCCAUGGUGAAAGAGUUGAUCAGGUUUUUGGGAAGUCUUGGCUUCAACAGUGCUUAACUGCAGAUGGAAAAUACUACAGAGCUGAUCUGAACUUUCCUUCCAUCCUGCCAAAACGGAGAGACAGCAUGAAGCAUUUUGAGUACGAUCCUCCUCUAUCUUGCUGUGGUAUUUUCCAGUCAAGACUUAUAGGGGAAGCUCUGCUGGAGCAGGAGGUGGCAGUCAGCUCUGUGUACUCAUCACCUGCACUCCGCUGUAUACAGACAGCUCAACACAUACUGGAAGGGCUUAAAUUAGAUCGAAAAGUCAAAAUAAGGGUGGAACCAGGACUCUUUGAAUGGACAAAGUGGGAAGCAAGCAGACUAAUUCCUAACUUUAUGACUGUGACAGAACUGACAGAGGCCUCUUACAAGAUAGAUACAAGUUACAGGGGUAACUUCCCACUCUCUUCUCUGGUGCCAUCAGAAACUUAUGAAGAAUAUGUGAGCAGAAGCUCCACAGUUAUAAAACAGAUUGUCACUGCUUGCCCCAGCAAAGGUGUCAUCCUCAUUGUGGGCCAUGGCUCUUCUUUGGCAUCUUUCACGCGACCUCUGGUAGGGCUCCCAGCCAGAGAAAGCAGCGACUUUGCCCAGGCGGUCCGAAAGAUCCCUUCUCUGGGCAUGUGUUUUUGUGAAGAGCUUAAAGAGGAGAACAAAUGGCAGAUGGUUAAUCCACCAGUGAAGACGUUAACUCAUGGAGCAAAUGCAGCAUUUAAUUGGAGAAAUGGCAUCCUAGACGACUAGAAGCCCAGCUCUGUCUUUGAAAUUGUCAAAAAGACAGUUUAUUAUUCAGCACAGUUGAGGAAUUCAUCCACAAUACUUACAGCUUGUGGGAAUUACUCUCUCUGAGUUGUCUAAGCACAGUAAGCACUUCUGAGUUUGGUGCCUGAUAUAUUUUUUUUUUAUUUCAGUGACUGAGAAGAAGGAACUGGCAUAAAAGUGAGAAAUAACUCUUCAGAGAAUAUAGAAUAUAGAAUGACCUGAUUGUAAAUUCCAUUGCAAUUCUAUUCCAGGCACUAAAGAAAACAUUGUUGCAUUUUCCGAGAGCAAAAUAUAGCCAAUAAGAAUUACUUUUUUCAUGCACUUAGAAAUUUUCAGACAAACUGAGAUAUUUGGACUGCAAAAAGUCAUCUAGACCAUUCUCCCACCUGAAGAGGAGAUCAACGCUACCUAAACCAAUUUCCUAUUGACUCUUCCAGUUCUGUGAAAGUAUGAGAGGAGGGGAAAUGUCAUACUGAUUAUUUAUUUACCUCUUCUACAAAGGGAGCUCAUUUGCUAUCACAGCAGGUUCUCCACUCAGUGAUUCUAAAAUAGUUCAUAUUGCGAACCAGACUCAAUGAUUUCUUUUCAAAGAAAACUGAACCAAUUACUUUAAUGUCGCUGAAAAGAGACAGAUACCUGCGUUGCUGUACUGGCAACAAAACCCAGCGUGAGCAACUCUAACUGCCGAAUGUUUCCUGAGAUGGCACUUGUGGGACAACAGCUUUAGUUUGUGUUGUUCUAUGCCAAAUUAUAUAAAUGGUAACACACCCAUCCGGAUGGUUCACCUGAGACGCUCUUCUCUCGGUUACUUUUUUGGUUAAGGAAACAUAGCCCCAGAAUCUUAUGCACAAACAGGAACAUGCCUUUCCACUGGCUUGGACUUCCUUUCUAAACGAUCCUCUCAGAUAACCACCUUUGAGAAAGCACAAGCAUUUGUUGCGAUGAGAGGAAAAAAUUGAGGUUUCUCUUUCUCUCUUAAUAUGACUGACAAGGUUUUCAUUUUCAGUCUUCAUCUCCCCGUUCCUUCUUGACAUGCCUCUGCAUGCUCGCCAGCAACCUCAGAGCCCAUCUAGCAUUCAGGCUUUGGGGCUGAGCACCCUGUGAUAAGUGCCCUUAUCUGUGGGUGUGGAGACUUCCUAUCUCAGUCUUGCAUCUGAAAGGGCUCGGUCUGACUUUCCAGCUGUGGCCAAGUCCCCUGAGCUGUUGCUUUUCUAACAGCACUGUAUUUUUAAAGUGAAACUCAAAUGCCCCCAGAGCCAGGAGAGGAGCUCUUUGGUUAGAAACUGAUGGGAGGGAGCGUGGGACUGCAUCUCCAGCAGGCGAGCUGAGCGGCAGCGGUGGGAAAAGGCGGAAAUCCCGCGCACCGCCGCAGCCGCUCCUCACUCCAGGAAGGGAGGCUGUACUGCAGCGCUGAGGAGGCUGCAUCUCGGCUGCUGCCCCGUGUCUCGCUGUCAUCCCCUCGCCACAGCCGAGACGGGUGGGUGUGAGGAGUGAUGGUUUUGCCCUGACCCCGGAGCGUGGCCUCCAAGAAGAGCUCUGAGUCAGAGCUUGUACCUCAGAGAGGCCGUAACAAGAAAACUGACAAGGAGAAGACGUGGGUGACGUCUCCACGGUGCACCCGGCCACACUAACAGCACCCGACAGCCAUCUCCGAUUAACCCGCUGCACUGCCCCAGGCUGCGGUCAGUCGUGUCUCCUUGGACACGGAGCAGCAGAGGAGCCGUUUCCCACCCAGCAGCGCUCCCUCGGGAUCUUCCCCUCUGCAGACGCUGCUGCUUUUGGCGUGAUCUGCCCCGCUUUUAUCGAGCCACGGGACGGAUACCACAGGAGAAGCCACGAGGGCUGGACUUGAGCGCCAUCCCAGACGCCAAUGGCAGCGACGGGCCUGGCCACCAUGCUCUGCCAGGGGUUGGCUCGCUGGGACGAGCAUCCUGCGUGCGUUAGUGCAGGCGUCCGCAUCGAGCUUAUCCUAGGGAUAAGGGCCUACGGAUGGGGACCCGGCCCCGGUUUUGUCACGCUGUGAAACGCUGCCACCUGGGGAGGGAGCCUGGACGAGGCACGGAGAAGGAGGAGGGACAUGUUUUCUCCUCCUUAGGCAACGUGCCCGCCCCCAGGGCACAAACUUGGCACUGACGGAGCAGAAAGAGAAGCAGGAAACUUCCCCCAGGUACAGGAGUGUCCAAAGCUGUUUAGAAGACUGGUCAUUUUUAAAGUGUUAUUGAGGUAAAAUUUCAAGUGUUUUCACGGGAAACUUUCCCCUACCUAUUUACAAAUAAGAGUUUUUUUCCAUAGUAUCUCAUAUUAAUUAUGCUGUAAAUACCAGUUUGGGUUAGAAAUAUGGGUCUUCCUUUAAAAUAACAAAAUGAGACACAAAAUAAAAUCUCUCCCUUCACCCAAUAAGCACUAAAGUAUUUCUCAACAUGGUUCUAUUCUGAAAAAUAAUCUUCAAAAACAGCAUCUUACUGUUUCUUUGAACAGCCUUCCUAAGCUGCCACCACAGCAAUGAAAUACAUCUCCUUGCUUUUCAGUCCUAUUGGCCUGCAGAAAUAAUGCAACUUAAAAGCCGAUGUACCCCGCUCUAAUCCUGUCAGCGCUAUCAUCUAUGAAGCUCCUACCAGCAGCAAGUGUGUGCAGCCCAGCCCAGCGGGCAGGUGCCAAGAGGAGGUGGCCAUGCUUGACAGAAGUGCCUCUCCAUCUGGUAGGGCCUUCAUUAGAGGUGGGGACAUGGGAGAAGUUUUCAACUGGUUUGUCCAAUCUUGGCAUGCAAUCAAAGAACCCACAGAAUAUAAAGAACACCAUUUGCCAAAAAAACAUGUUUAUUAUGAAGACUGCUAAGACAUGGGAUUUUGAACCAAAAUCCCAUAAUGUUGUAUGUAUUUUUUGUUUGAUAUAGAUGCACUCCAAUGAAUUUAAAUUCGGUGAAUGCAAUGAAUUACAUUUCUUUGAAUGUGGCAAAGAGGGUUUGAGGACUUCAAUAUUUCUCUUGCGGUGUUUUCCAAUCCAGAUACUGCAGUGCUGAGCAGGUGAGGAGAAACGCUUAGCUACAAAAUACUUUAAUGCCUAAAGACUGAUCUGUUCCCGUUGCCCAAAUUAACUGAACAGAAAGAACAACCGGCAGAGAUAGCAAGCAACUGAAACUGGAUGUCAAUCUUUGUAAUGAAAGGGCAAGGACAAGCUGUUCCAUUCACAAGGACACCACUUUUGGUUUUCCUGGGACUCCAGCUGAGCACAAGUUCACCUCCUGAGAACGCUCUACAGGAUCAAAAGUGAAAUCAUUUCCUUAACACGUGACUGUUCCUAGCUGUAAAAAAUACUAGUUAGCAGAGAAAGAAUUCCCAGACAGUGUGACGUGCUCAUAAUACCAAACAGAUAGCUGGACACGGGUGAAAUGACAAAAUUGUCUCUGAAGGGUUUAAAGUUGUUUCUGUAGUAAGCAAAAGAAAUAGGAAAUGCGUUUCCAGUUUCUUCAUUUUUAUGCAACUCCAGGAAACAGAUUUUACCUUUUCCUGUUUUAAUUUUCUUCAACUUCAUUACCAAAGGAGGAAAGCCUCAUGAUUUUCUUUAAGUUAUGCACUUUAACAGAUGCUUUUAGUAGUGCCUAGAGAGUGUGAAUGUUUUGUUUAAUCUUAAAAAAUGAAAAGGGUAAAUUCCUUUGAUAAAGGUCUGUAGUGGUAUGUAGUGGUAUUAACCCAUGGUGACACCUUGUGGGAAAGCAAAAUCACAAAAUUAUUUACCUACAUAUGAUCUAGAGUGAUUGAGGGAGAGGGGGAAGCAACAGUUGUUGUUUUGAACAAGAGUGAAGAACACUGUAAUAGUCAUUCCUAUCGUACCCUUUGUAAGGAGAAAAACAUGGAAAUUUAUCAUUUGGUAAUGUUUGGGGAUACUUUUAGGCAGAACCUUUUGAAGAGACUUUUGAGUCCAGAUCUUCUGAUAAGCAAGAGGAAAAAAAAAACAGUGACUGUUUUGUUCCUGAUUUUCCCAAAGCCUUGUUCCUUGUGCUGAAGUGUCUACAGAGAAGCCUGAAAGCAUUCUGGGCGUUCUGAGUCUAACCCCUAGUUUAGGACCAUGUUCAGUUUCUUUAUCCUCCAGGAGCAUACUGGACUGUAAUCAAAACACCAAAGCACUCACUGGACAUAGCUUGAGUAGUUUUGCAAUGAGGCUUGGAUUCACAUUCUUUGCUGUUUCCCCCACUUCUGCUUGCACCUUACCCCUCUUGGGGGGCUAGCAGCCUCCCCCUUUGCCUCAGCCCCCACUAAAAGGAAAGUCCCAGCAGCCUGCUGUGUUCGAAGGUGACUUCAGCAUCAUGUGGCAGCAGAAAACUACUGUUCCCUUCUUCUCUUCCACUUCUGCAGCUCGGAAGAUAUUGGCUAGAAACCCCACUAACCCAGCUUCUGAAGGCACCUGCAAGGCCACUUCCCCAUCUCUGAAACAGCCAGAUCUCACAUGAUCUCUUUGGGAUCAUGCCAAUCUGCUUUUGAUAUUUUAACUCUUUUUACCUAAGUCUUUGUACUCCCCCAAAGGGGAAUCAACCAUCAGUAUCACUGUCUGUAUUCAAAGGAAGCUGGAGGAUCUGUUUUUUAACAUGAGCCCUCAAACCUGUGCCCCCAGCUAAGCAGGAAGCUGGGCCUGAACAGGGUAGCAGGGAAUUUGCUGGUGACAAUUACUACCUGAAUGCAUAUGACAAGCUGGGAAAGCAUUAAAAAGCCAUGGUAAAGAUGAGGUCACCCUACCUUCUUCUGUGAGAAGACAAUACAGGACUGCUCUCCACAUUUCCCCAGGGGCAAUGACAACCAACAUCUCCACUGGGUCCGACCCUGUGUGUCCUGUAGAGAUUGGGUUCCAUGGGUGAGGUACUGCUCCAUCCUAAAUCAUUUUCUGCUGCUGCGAGAAACACUCAGGUUCAAUAAUUAACUUAGUGGCUUUUUCUCUGUGCUCUCUUCAGUCAGAGGAGAAGGAAAUUGUGAGCAACUGCCAGCAGUAGCCCAUGAGGGCUUUGCUGCCAUGAGGCUGGUGUGGUGGGAAAACCCUGCAACAAAGUAUUAGCCUGGUACCUUGUGCUGACUUUUCCACUGGAGCACCCAAAUCUCGAGUGGCUCUUAGGAACUUCUAGUAAUGUGAAUGCUGUGUAUCUGUGCAGAAACUGCCUCUGCCUAUUCCUUCAGGGACAAAUUGUGCAAAAAAAUCCCAAAGGUAGCACCUCCUGCUGCUAAGGAUGCAAAGAAUAAAAACAAGACCACAAUGCUAGAACCAUUUAACCUGACUCAUCUGAAGGUGCUUCCUUAAUAGAACUACUUGUAUAAUUAAGCGUUUGGAGGAUCAGGGAUUAAAUCCAUAACAUUUUGAUAUUCAGAUACCACUGGGGGAAAAGAAAGCAAAUGGAGAGAUGCUACCAACAUAUGUGUGCUUUUUAAUUCACAGCAGGUAUUUGUGUUGCAAUCUGUUUAGGAAAAAUCAUUAAUGCAGUUUUGACAGAACACACUUAAAAUACAAUGAUUUUGUUUCUGUACCAAGAGGGAGCAAUGUCUUUUAAAGCUCAUUUGUUCCUAAAUUUGUUAGAUACUGAGUUGUCAUUUCCCAGGUGUUCUGUCAGGUUUCUAUUGUCACCUGUGGGCUAGCAAGCUGAAUAAAUAAUACACAAAAUAGAAACUAUAUGCACUAUAUCCUAUUCUCCAGUUCCAGCUUACUCAAAAGAAUCUUUCCUAAGCAUCAGUCUUUAUAAAAGAUAGCAAGUCAGAUAUAUGUAAAAAGGGGGUUUUAUGGUCCCACGGUUGUCUCAGGAAGUUGUUAAUUUAUUAUAUAGCAUGGUGUUUCGUUUAAAGUCGUAUGGCAGAUCACUGUACCUGAGGAUGGUUCGGAAACUGAUACAGCACAGGAGAGUAACUGUGCAAUUUAAAAAAAUCUCUAAAGAGUGGUUUGCGAAAGUAUCUCUGCCAAAGCAAAUAUCUCUGUAAUUAUGUGGAGUGGGCAAAUGUAUCAUAAACAAUUGCUCUCCUGCAUGAAUGGAGCCAAGCUGUUUAUUCCAGAUGGAAGAAUAAGGAAGGUACAUGCAAAUCUCUUUUAUGGCUUUGUUUCCAACUUUAUGUACACAGUAAAACUUCAGGCUCUGUGGACUGUGCUCUCAUGCAGGGCUGUCUGUACAUUUCACCGCUGCAGAAGAGCAAGAAGCUGCAGAAGGGCAAGAAGCUGCAGAAGACCUGCUUCUGUGCUGUAGCUCCUCUCUUCACUUGCCUGCACAGCUCAGCAGCACUUGGAGCAGAGAUCUUUGUGCUCACGCCAGACCUAGAGAGGUGUUCCCACAGAGCCUCCUCAGCAGAGAACUGUGCUGAUAUUUAACCUUAAUAAAUAAUGGCACUUACUAGCUCA